UAAAUACUCAUGUCUGUCAAAAUAAAUAAAUAGUCCCUCAAAAAAAAAAAAAAAAACUCAUGAAAAUGAGAAAGGGGUGACAAUUGGCAACAACCGCCUAGUAAAAUUUGCUACUAGUCAUUGCUUCUUGGCUUGGGCAGAGAAUCUUGAGAUUGGAAGCCCUACUCUCAGAAAUUCUUCAUCAGUCACAAAAACUUUAGGAGAAUGGAGGCUCCGUCAGUUACAAGAGAGCUUGAUAAUGAAGACAAGGCAUUGAAGGUUCUACUGAAUACUUUUGGUUCCGCAUUCUCUCUUAAUGAGAUUGCUUCUGCUUUUUACAAGGCAGGCCGAGAUGCUAACAUGGCUAGUGAGAUUCUGUGUGGGAAGCAGACACACCCAUCUGCUAAUGCAACCCAUAUACCCAAAGGAUCAAUAACUUCUGGAUCUUCAAAAGCUAUUAUCAACAAUGACUAUAAUAGGUUAUCUUAUACUAAUAGGAACAGCUCUAUAGCGCCUAAGUUGAAAAGCGGUCCUGGUUCGAUGGGUACUAGUACUAGUAGUGUCGGGAAUAAUUAUGUUUGGCGCGUUGCUGGAUCAAAGAGCACUCCGAAUGGGACAAUUACUAAGAAAGUAGAGGCACCUUCAGUGGCUACCAUUUCAACUGUUCCUGGAAAAAAUUGUGUCUGGCGCAUUGCUGGGUCAAAUGAAAAUCCUAAUGGGAUAAAGCCUUUGAAAGCAGAGGCAAAUCAUUUCUCGGUACCUGUCAAUACUUCUGAAACAUCUUUGCAUACGAGGGAUGCUAAUUCGGGUUCUUCUGAAAGUUCCUCAUCAGUAAACAAUGCCGUUUUGAAUGAUGAUAUGGAAAAUUUUCUGUUUGACAUGCUUGGAAGUGGAUUUCAACUGGAAAGAAGUGUUAUUCGACAAGUUUUAGGUCGUUGUGAAUAUGACAUGAAGAAGAGCUUAGAGACAUUGCUAGAUCUUACGGCUGCAACUCUUGACAGAAGAAAUAACUUAUGUGAGGAUAAUGGUCUGCAUUCCAACUCCAAAAGUCUGUCAUCUAAGAACCCACAGCAAAAACUAAAGUCUGCUAAAAGUAACGGGAGCAAAACCAUGAGAACCAAUUUAGUAUCUUCAAGGCAACCUACUGAUAGAUAUGAGCAGCAAAAGGACAUUUCAAGUGCAGUAUUUCAUGUUACAGAGCAACCAGAUUUGACCGUCAGUGCUCAUUUGGAUUCAGCUACGAGAUCCAGGGCAAACGGGGCAGUGGUGACUGAGCCUCUGGAGGACAUUGCUGAGGACUAUGAUGCCGACGAGGGUAGCUAUCAUAUCCUUCGCAAAGCUGUAAAAGAACACCGUGAAACAAUGAAGGAAUAUUAUAAAGCUGCUGCAGAAGCUUUUGCGCGGUGUGAUCGUGGUCAAGCACUGUUAAUGCUGGAAAAGGGACAGUUCUUUUAUGAAAAGGCUCGUGAAGCUGACGAAGAAUCGGCCACAAAAAUUUUUGAGACCAGUAGCGCGGAUGGCGAGAUGCAAAAUGAAAUAUCUCUUGACUUGCAAGAUCAUGAUGCUAAAGAGGCAAUACGUCUGGUUAAAAUUCACCUUCGUACACUCUCUGGCAUCCCAUUGGUCGGGAAUCUGAAAAUUAUUAUUGGGAAUGAUGAUCGAGAUGUUGAAAAGCGCAAGCGACUGAUUCUAAAGCUUUUGGAGAAGGAAGCUAUCAAGUGGAUCGAAGAUGAGAAUACUAGUUCAAUACUGAUACGCUUAGAUAGAAUCAACCGAAGAAGCCUUAGCUUUGGUACAAAAUGAUAACAUAAAUGUUUUGCAGAAAACUAUACAUGUUUUGGCUCAUAAAAAUGCAUCCACUUUUCCUUUGGCUUAUAAUCACACAUGAACAAUCCUAUACAUGGUCAUUCUUUUAGCAGGUUGUAGGUUCUUAAGGUUCUGAUGUAUGGCGCCGAAAUAUUUUUUCAGAAAUGGGAGGAUAAUUUUUUUUA